GCAACCAUUGUACCCUCUUCGCAGUAAACUGUGAAAAGGGUACCUGUCAAUCAACGCGGUGAAUCAACGUUGGCUCUGGACUUGGUACGCAUGACUGGGUUCGUUUACCAGAGAAGGGACAAGGACAACAUUCCCGCCUUGGGCUUGGAAGCAGCACUGGAGCAAUGGGCCACAUCCCAGGGGUGUGAUUACAGCCUACAGACAGUACAGUUGGAUCAUGCGAUCGUCAGCGAAAAAAAACUUGUGGAAAAUUACCCCAUUGCCAGGAUCGACGGAUUUAACUGUGAACUAUGAGUACAGAUUGACUGGAUGGUUGGAUUUGCAACAGCCGGCGAUUGAAGUGGAGCUGUUGCCAUGCAACUUACAACUGAUUGGGGGAUCUGCGUUUAUCUAGUAGUAAUUUUUUUGGCCUUUGCAACAGCUUCGGAACAUCAGAAAGGCCAAUUUAGAGAAUCCGAGGUUAGUUUAGAAUCCUUCGCCCAUUCUCCAGCAGUCCUCACUUCGGACAGAGUAUCCUCAUCCGGGAGGCCGUCAGGGGCGGGCCGUUCCAAGCCCCGGCGUCCGAACGAUACACUGGGUAAAGGGAGCGGAGCGACCAAACCUCGGCGCCAACCAGUCAGAGAUAUCAGCGAACCGACCGCUUACAGACAUGAUUCUUCACACUGUAAGAACGGUGGCACGGGGUUCCUCCGAUCGUUCUGUUUCUGCACAGAGGAGUACAAGGGGCGGUACUGUGAAGACCGAGUGAACAGCAGCUGUGACACGGUGAACCACGGUGACUGGGUGUAUAGAAACUGCAGCGUCUGCCAAUGUGUGGAUGGGGUGUUAGAAUGCCGCAGACACGAGUUAGAAGGAUGCAGAAAGGAACCAGAUACAUCCAAGUAUCACAGCCACCAGGAUGGAGUAGCUUUGGAGAUGCAGCCCCACAGCAAUGGAUGCAUUCUUCAAGGAUCUCUGCUAACGCCCUUGAUGGCUCUACUGGUAUACUUUCAUAGAAUACUCUGGCUACAGAACACAUCAGUCAGGUGACCGCAAACUGAGGAGUGUGAACCUAAAGUUUGUAAAUAUUUCAUACAAGGAAGGCAGACAGGUGGAAAUAGCAACAAGUGUCUCAGAGAUCGAUCAAAAUUGAUGCAGUAAGGUGGUAUACUACACUAUUUGUAACAAGGAACUAACAAAACAGUACAUGCAUGUACAGGUACUUAUAUUGUGAAGCUAGGAAAUCAAGGGCCAAAGACUAUUUAGUGGGAGUUAUAUGUUACCGAUUCAACCUUAUCCAUCCACUUUAAAAUGUGAUUUAGUCCACUAAUUUCCCAGAUCAAGUUCAACAAGAUGAUGUGAUUCAGAACAUACAUGUACAAGUUGUUAGGAUAAUUCUCCCACUGAUGGGAUAUGAGAAAAAAUACUGGUCAAAUUUAUGGUAUCUGUUUUUUGAGGGGGUGCAAACUAUACGGAAAAUAUUCCUUUGGUCCAAAUCAAGAGGGCAAUCUUUUUCUUUCAAGGAUGAAGUUUUAGACCUAAACCAAAUCCAUCAAGAUUCAGUGUGACUAUCACUUCACCCUGGGGAUCAGGUUUUUGUGUAUAUCCAACGGAUUCUCUGCUUUUUUUUACAAAUGGCACAAACAUAAAAGGGUGUCCUGUCCAGCUAAGAAUUUCCUCUUUUGAUGAGCAGUUAUCGACUUACACCCAAAAUGUAUAUUUCUGUGCCCCUCGGACCAUUUAAAAUGAACCACGCACCACUAGUAACGUGAGUCUAUGACAGACUAUUGGACAAGUCACAAAGAUAACCACUCCUUGUCUCCAAUUAUGCAUUCAUGCUGUAAAUAGUUUUAAUCUCAAGCUUUUUAACAACUGGAAGGUUAAGGCAUACUUAAUGUGAAUUGUUUAUUGCAGGUGUUUUAUAAAUAAAUUGUAAAUGUAAACAUAAAGUAGGGUUUUAACUUAUUCCCUGAAAGGUGCUCUGUUUUUAAAGACUUUUUACUGUCUUCCCCACUUUUAAAACUUACCAGUGUCUACUGUUCUAUGGAUAAAGUGGUCUACUGUAGUGAAAAUAAAAUGGAAGGAAUCUA